CGAGACGAGAACGUCAAGCUGACGCGGCGCGGCAAAACGGUAGAGGGAUUUCCGGUCCUUUUUGGCUUUCUUUUUCGCGUACGCGUUUCCUCUUCGUCCCCGCAAAAAAGAAAUCGAUUCACUUCCCGUUCGGAGGAAAGCUGUGUCAAAACUCGCGCGCCGCUGCCGCACACUCUCUCCCCUGCAUUUUCUCCUCUUCGGUUUGAAAGAGACCCCCGCUCUUCUGGGAGUUCUUCUAGUUCCGCGUUCAGCCGAGCGCUCUCUGAGAGCAUGGAGACCGAGUGAGAUCAGGUCCGGAUGUCUCUCUUUUCAAUCGUUCUUUGGAAAUGGCAAGGAAACUCAUCCGUCGGGAGCACCUGGAGAGGAGACUUUCCCCCUCUUUUUUUUUAACGCGCCUUAGCAACGCCAGAGUUCCUUCUCCCUCUCCCGGACUCUCCGUCCGUGCAUGUGGGCACUCAACUUUGCUUUUCUGGGUGGAGGUUGCCCUGAAGCUGGCGUUUCAAGCUUCAUUUUUCCAUCCCCUUUCUGUCUGGUCUUUUGCUCCUCUUUUCUGCCGGGGAAUAUCUGGCGUCAACCUCUCUUUCUCUGUCCACCCUUCUCUCCCCUUUGCUAGCCGCCGUGCAUGCGGAUGGAACAGAGUCUCUCCUGCUGCGGCCGAGACCGGAAGAGAAAAGAGAGAAGAGACAGAAGAGACAGAAGAGAGAACGAAAAGAGAGAAGAGAUCGACGGGAGGGAAGCCGACGCGGCUCCGACAGAGUGGCGGCGUCGUCUUUUUUUCCUGCUUCUCUGCACUCUGGACGCUUGUUUCUCUUCUCUGGAGUCUCUCGACUUCUGCUGCUCUCUCUGAGACCUUUUAGUAUCAUCUCGCGUCUGCUUUUCUGCUUCUCUUCCGACACUCACUUUUUCGUUUCUUCCUUUUCGUUUAACCGCAAACGCUGCCGGGAAUCAGAGGCUCUUGACCAAUCUGUGUCGCCUCUCUUGUCAUUCGUUUUUCUCUCGACUUUCGGUCCAUCGCCUCCUCUCCUCUCCCUUCCUUGUAGAGUUCAUUCUCUCUCCCAGUCUUGAGCGUUUUCCCUUCUCUUUCUCGAACCCAUUUUCCUGUUUCUGUGCUUCUGUCGCUUGCCAUUUCGUCUUUUUCUCUGUCUCUCUUCCUUCCCCGUCUCCUUUCUUCUUCGCUUUCCUUUCUCGUCGUUCCGCCACCUCGUUCUCUCGUUUUCUCUCUGUAUAUCCAGUUCCGUCCUUUUUUUCGCCUGUUUUUUCCUGCCUUUCCCCCUUUUUUUCUCUUUUUUUCUCAUUUUUCCACUUUUUUCGCUUUUGCGAUGGAGUCGAUCAAGGCCGGCAUCGUGCCGCCUUCGCUGGCGAAGGACAUGCCCCCCGCGCCGCCCGGCGUCUCGCAGGAGCUGCCGAGCGCCCCCGUAGCGUUGGCAGAGAAAAAGCCAGAGCUCGACCUUGCUCUGCUCCCCGACGAAAUCGAUGAGGAGACAGUGAAGAAAAUUCUCGACCAGGCCGACGAGAUGCAUGUAGAGGUUCUGACGGAGGCGAAUCUACGCCGAGCCGUCGCCCAGCUCGAGAGGCGCAUCAAGAAAAACCAACAGGACAGAAUUCGACAUGCAGAAGAUCCUGAAAAAUGGAUAAAGAGCGAAGUGGAUUUGGAUGAGGAAAUCAAAAGGUGGAAGCAGCUGGCGGCGGACCCUGCGCUGUAUCCUCUCUUCAUUGAAGCGCGGGGCCUGGAACUUCUUCUCUCUUUGCUGAACCACAGCAACCAGGACAUCCAACUUGAAGUGAUCGACGUUCUCGCAGAAUUUACGGACGCCGACACUCUCGCGGAGUGCAAAAAUCCUCAAGAGAUUCUCAACAAGUUGGUUGAACACCAGCUUCCUGAGUUGACGGUCGAGACUCUCCAGCGGAUCAACGAAGAGAGUGGAGAAGACGAACAGCGCGGCGUCUCGCACUGUCUGUCGAUCGUCGAAAAUUUGUUGGAGUCGGAGCCGAGCCUCGCAGGGAAGUUCACGAAGUUUCACAAGCUCCCGAACUGGCUGCUGCGUCGCGUACGAAACCCAGUGGGCGGCCAGCCGACAGCGUUCGACUUCAAUCGACUUUACGCGAGCGAAAUUCUCGUCGUUCUUCUGCAGAACUCGGCGGAAGCACGGGAGAGUCUCGGCGCGAAACAGGGUGGCGACGCCGUCGACAAACUCCUCAGGGCCGUCGCGGUCUACAGGAAAAGAGAUCCUGAGUCCUCGCAGGAAGAAGAAAUGGCGCAAAAUCUGUUCGACGCGCUGUGCAGCCUUCUGCUCGUACCCGCGAACAAGGAGCUUCUCGGCAAGCAGCAGGGUAUAGAGCUCAUGCUCCGCAUCGUCAAAGAGAGAAGGUUUUUCUGUUCGCAAGCGAUCAAAGUUUUGGACUUUGCCUUGCUAGCAUGCCCGCCGAACUGUCAGAUUUUCGUGGAGAAGCUCGGCCUCAAAUUUCUCUUUUCGAUUUUCAUGAAGAAGGCGAGACCGAGUCACCAGAAGAAACGGAACAAAGCGCAGGAAAGACGGGAUGAAGAGCACGCGGUCUCGAUCAUCAAUUCUCUCUGUCGCGGGUGCAGCGGAGUUGCGACGGCGAGGGUGUUAAACAAGUUCAUGGAAAAUCAGUGUGAAAAGUUGGAGAGACUCCUGGAACUGCACGACGCGUACCAGGCACAGAUCGACGCCUUUUUCGCCAGGCGCGAAGAAGAAAAAAGAGACGAAGACGACGAACUCACCAAGCAAUUGGAGAUCGACGACGAGGAAAGGAAAUACCUCGACGCAUGUGAUCACGGUCUCUUCACUCUUCAACAGAUCGACUCGGUCAUCGUGCGUCUCGCCAACAUGGGGAACGCGUUGGUGACGAAGCGCCUGGUGGAUCUUCUGAACAUGAGAAGCAUCGACACCCGGCAAAUUCACAAGGUGGUGACAGAUUUUACAGAGCACAUGGAUGAGAAAGCGGCGACGGAACGCGCGCGCCUCCUCCACCUGCUCAAGCGCUUCGAGGAGAUCUACGACGCCGGCGGCGUCGUCGUGGCGGAAGAAGAAGAAAGCAUGGAGGAGGACACCGACGAAGAAGAAGUGGAACGAGAAAGGGAGAAAGAAGAGAGAGAAAAGGAGAAAGAAGAAAAAGAACGAGAACGGCGGCUCAGGUCGGAGAAGAACCGUAGAGACCGAGACGACGACAGAGAUCGACACAAACGCCGCAGAAGAGAUGACUGAGGAAACGCAAGAGGGAAGACGAACAAGCGGGAGAACAAGAAACAGAGAAGGAGAACAAGAGGGAGAACAAAGAAGAACGGCGGCAGAGACAGCAGGGACGUGAGAGAUUGACGAAACUGAGGUGCCUAUGGAAAAGAAGGAAAGCGGUUUCUUCUAAACAAGUCUGUAUUCAAGACUCCGGCAAUAUACAUCUACGUUUAUCUGGUUUUUCUCUGUCAUGUUCUUUCUCUUUGUCCGUUUCGUGCUGUCCCUCUUGCGGCGUUGCGUCUCGCUUUUUUCGAGGGGAUUUCUGCUGAGAUUUCGUCUGUUCGACCUCUCUUUUUGGAAGAACUGGAAGCUCCCAGCAGGCGGAAACGGUCGUCUUGCUUUGCCGUUCUUGCGCCAACGUACACUGCGUUGAUUCUCGCUGGAGCGUGGUGUUCCGCGCCUUCGUUACCCGUGGAGACUGCUUCCAAUGAACAAGAAGCUGAAAUUCAAUCUCGCGCGUCAAUCGUUUUUGGCUCUCAUUGUCGUCUCCAGAGAGUAUGUCGCGAUUCGAGUCAUUAGUCGGACGGGUCGCUUCAAAUGUCUCCACGAGUCGCGGUC